AGACAGACAGACAGGCAGACAGACAGACAGAGAGGGAGGGAGGGAGCCACAGACGGAGAGAGCGAGGCAGAGGAUGGUUGGUCGGAUUUAGCCCCGGCAGCGUCUUUUCCCGUUCAGCACAACAAGCUUAUUACCUUUCUGUCCACGCGCUUGGAAACGGAUUUACGCGCACAAACGGAGGAGUUUGGAGGACUAGUAGGAUGCUGAAUAUCUUUCCUCCACGCAACUGUUCUCCACCCUGCUCUCCAUGACCUGAGAGCACCACAGCAGAAGGAAAGAAACACCAAGAGGAAGAGAGAGGAAGAGGAGGGCAGAAGGCCAGGGAAGGAAGGAAGGAAGGAACACACUUUUUUGUUGUUGUCAUUUAGUUUUACUUUCUGAAAUGGCGACGACGGAGACCAACGCGGUGCCGGUGGUCCAGGAAGACGGAAAAACCACGGAGAGCAAGCUGACGGAGGCAGAGCAACCAGCUAAAAACGCCAACGCAAACUCAGAGACUGUCAACAACGAGACUGUCGAUAAAGAUGGCACUGCUGUCAACAGUGAGGUUGUCGAUAACAAAGAGACUGUGAAUAACGACACAGGAGCGGCAGCAGGAACUGAGGAGGGAGAAGCAGCAGCAAGUGGGGAGGCGGCACCUCCUCAGAGCUCAGAAAAUGCCUCCUCUGCUGAGCCCAAGACCUCGCUCCUGGACUCCUUCCUCAGCAAGAGUGGCCUGGGGAAAGUGAUGGGAGGAAGGAAGAAGAAAGAGCAGAGCCCAGCAGCUGGAGGAGGAGGAGGAGGAGGAGGAGAGGAGAAUGCAACUGAAGGAGGUGAGAAAGAGGGGGAGAAAGGAGGCGAGGAAGCUGUAGCAGCUGAGGAAGGAGCACAGGGAGGUGCAGAAGGAGAAGCAGCGAUAGAAAAAGCUCCAGAAAAUGGAGAGAAGGAGGAGGAGAAGAAAGCCGAGAAGGGCAAACCCGCAGAGUCUAAAUCCACAGUUCGAGAUCUGAUCAGGAAGCCGGUGGCGAGGAUCUUCUCCCAUCGCAGCACCGAGAAGAAGGACGGCGCCGCGGCAGAACCCCAGAAACAAGUAAAGGUUCGGUCCAAGUCCCUGGACCGGCUGGAAGAUCCUGAAGCACUUAACACCACUGCAGACUCCACUAUAGAGGAAGGAGGAGCAGCAGGAGGAGCAGAGGGAGGAGCAGAGGGAGGCGCAGAAGAAGAACAGAAAGCCUCGUCUUCCUCAGCAGCCACCAAGCACAUGAAGCGCUGGCACUCCUUCAAGAAGCUCAUGGCUCAGAAAGCACACAAGAAGGGUGGCGGAGGAGGAGAGGAUGGCAAGGAGGAGGGCGUGGAUGGAGAAGGAGGUGGCAGAGACUCCUCCACGUUGGACUCCAAGGACUCGGGGCAGAAGAGGUGGAAGCUGAAACGCUCCUGGACUUUCCAGGGCCUGAAGAGGGACCCAUCCAUCGUCGGCAUCAGUGGAAAGGCCAAGGGCUCCGACAAAGACUCUGCUGAUGCCAAGCCAGAGGAGGUGACAGCGGCGGGAGGAGCUGAGGGAGGAGAGGAGGCUAAAGUGGAGGGAGGAGCAGAGGAGGCCAAGACAGAGGAAGGGGAGGAGAAGGAGAAAGCUGAGGGAGGGGAGGAGGAAAAGGCAGCAACGGCGGGAGGUGGGACGGUGACACAACACGCCAACGAGAUCUGGACUUCCUUCAAGAAGCGUGUCAUCCCUAAAUCCAAACGCGCCAACACGGAGUGCGCCCCCAGCGGGGAGGAGGAUGCAACUGCAGCUGCCGCCUCAGGCGAGGACGGAGCGGCAGACGACGGCAAAGACGGCAAGUCAGCCAAGGCCAAGCGCUCUCAUUUUGGCCGUGCAGUUUCGCUGAAGAACUUCAUCAUGCGAAAGGGCAAGUCCGCUAGUGUGGACCUGGGAGAGGGCGCCAAGGAAGAGGGGGAGGCGGGAGAGGGAGGAGAAGCAGGAGGCGCAGAAGGCGAAGCUGCCUCUGCGGCUGAGGAGACCAAUGACAAGGAUGCAGCGGCGGGCGAGAAGACGGAGGCGGCUGAGAGCGCAGAGGAGGCGGUGGAGGCGGUGGAGGCAGAGACACCGGCUGAAGGUCCGGUCACCAACGGGGAGAACGGCUGCUCCAACGGCACGGCGGAGGAGCACGGAACACACAAUCAUAAGGAGGAGGAAAAGACGACGGGGAGCAGCCCCGUGAAGAAGACCAAGGAGGCGGGAGCGAAAGAGGAGGCCAACGCCAAGAUCAUCAACGCCACAGCAGCCGUGAACAGCGGUGAGUUAGGGCACGCCGAGCGGGACUCUGAUGGGCCGCAAAACAGCAGCAGCAAACAAGGAGACACUAACAACAAACGACAGCAAGAAGCAGCAGCACUAACAAACCUUAGCAGUGAGCUAACCAGCUGUCAGCUACCUGAGCCAGCAGUAACAGUUAGCAGGGCGGAGCAGGUGGAGGAGGAGGAGGAGGAGGGCGAGGAAGAGGGGGAGGGGGGGGGAGCAGAGUCUCCACAAAACGGGGGUGGUCACGAUGGGUCAGAGUCAUGUGAUCAGGGAGAGGAGGAGGAGGAGGAGGUGAGGAAGAGGGAUCUUCGAGAUGCAGCGGUUGCCAUCGUUCAGAACGUGAUGUCAGCGGCAACUGACCAGUUAGAGAGGGAGCUGUGUGUCGACAACGGCCUGAACGGGUGCUACGACGGCGACAUACAAAAAGGCGGGAAACGUGUGAGGCCACACAAAGAGGAUUAGAACUGCCCGGGAUUCGCUGAGCAAGGAGCUCUGAGCCCCGCCCCUCCCCUCCCCCUCCUCCCCCUCCUCUCUCCCUCCAUCCCUCCUCCUUCUUCCUGAACAAACGGAGUAAUCACGUGUUAACAGAUCACCACGGCGAGGGGGGGGGGUCGAGAAAGAUGCAAUUCAUGUAGAUGAGAAGUGAAAAAUAAUAAUCACUCAGAAAGCAAUAAUUCAAGCCCUUCUUUUCCACCCCUCACCCCUCCAUCCACUCCCUCCAUGCGACACAUGAAACGUGUACAUCCAGUGUUUUUAUUUUUCUCUUUGCUUGUCUGUGAGAUUUUAUGUUGUCUAAGAGAGGAAAGAAAAAUGUAAAAAAUCCGAGACAUUCCACCCUCCCUUUUACGUCCCGUCCUACUUUCCUCCUCGUCCAGUCGCUUAACUCUGCUCUGUCUCCAAGGCUCCUGAUUGGUGGAUUUAAAGAAUUAAAAAAAACAAAAAAAAGACUGUUAGUUUUAUAUUGACGGCCAUUUUGGUUUGUAGUCCCCCUGGACCCCCCUGACCCAGCACCCCCGUCCGUCCCGUAGGUAUUUGACAGUACAGCAGGACCAUGUUGCUCCAGUAUAUGAACUGCCCUGAGGACUGCCACCUCCCAACAACACUGUAACGUCUUCAGCUCUGUGUGUUAAUGUUUUUAGACUGUUAUAUUGUGUACAUGAAUUUAAAAAAGACAAAAGUCCGUCCAUUAUUAAAGUCAAAAUGUUUUCGCUCCUGUUUGCUUUGGAUUCUCGUUUUUUCUUGUUUUAUUUUCUAAAAACACAUCCUCUCACUGUUAACGCAGUCUGACGACAUGCUGUAAUUAAGAUGAUGAUGAUGAUGAUGAUGAUGAUGUUUUGUUGGUCCAAGUUUUCACAUGUCCGCUAGCAAAUUGUCAAGAAAAAAUAGUACAAUAAAGACUAAAAUCUAAUAACUAAACUGCAAGUCAUUGUGGGGUUUUCUAUUUUUAUCUGCAUG